AUGGAAAUCGUACUCAAGAUUAUUCCAAGGGAUCCAAAAAGUGGAGAUAAGAAGCAAGAAGAACCAAAGGAAGAUAUCAUUUUGAAGGUUUACAUGCACUGUGAAGGAUGUGCAAACAAGGUUUUGAAAAGCCUGAGAGGUUUUGAUGGGGUUGAAGAAGUUGAGACGGAUCGAAAGAAUCAUAAAGUGAUAGUAAAGGGAGAAAAGGCUGAUCCAUUGAAGGUUUUGGAGAGGGUUAAGAAGAAAUAUGGGAAAAAUGUAGAGCUUCUCUCUCCCAUUCCCAAAGCCAAAGAGCCUCAAGAGAAUAAGAAAGAAGAGAAAGAAAAGCCUAGAGUGAUGAUUGUGGUGCUCAAGGUGUAUAUGCAUUGUGAGAAUUGUGCGGUAGAAAUCAAGAAAACUAUAUUGAAAAUGAAAGGAGUUCGAACAGUGGAGCCAGAUACAAAAAACUCGACUGUGACAGUGAAAGGAGUGUUUGAUCCACCAAAGCUGGUUGAUCAUCUCCAUAAUCGAGCAGGAAAACAUGCAGUAAUCUUAAAGCAAGAUGAAGAGAAGAAGCAGAAGAAACAAAAGGUGAAGGAGAUGAGGGAGACCGACAAGAAAAGUGACAUAAAAGAGGGAAUCGAAGAGCAGUGGGGAAAUGAAAUUGAUUCCAACUUUUUCUAUUAUAAUUCUCAAUAUCCUUAUCAACAUUUAUACCCUUAUCAAUUUUUGAGUGAGGAAAAUACUAAUGCUUGUUCGAUAUUGUGA